AUGUCGCAGCAUAAUUAUACCAAUCCGGCUUUUUGCCAGAACAGCGAGUUCUAUCCCGUGCCCAGCAGUGGUCAAGUGGAGUCCAUUUACAAUCGAAGUUUGCAGCUGAAUUUUGGUCCAGCACCGCCGCGCAGUACCCGCGAUCCUCGCGAAGGUCCUUUGCGCAUACAAAGAAGCCUCUCUACGCGAUCGGUGGCCAGGAAGCCGCAACAGCAGCUGCAGCAGCCACAAAAUCAUCAUCAACAGCAGCAGAAAUAUGCAGGAAAUCCCCAGCCUUAUCCUGGCAAACCCCAACAAUAUCCUGCCAAUCAACAGACAUCCUCUUCUGGCCGCUAUGCCUUGGUUCCACUCGAAGAACUCAACACGAGUCGAGCUGGUCGAUAUGCCAUAGUGCCAGGACAGGCUGCCCAGAGAUUGGCCAGAUCACAGGACAAUCUGGAUUGCUAUAGCUCCAGGAAUGGCUUGCAUGAGGAGCAAGAGGAGCCGCACUCUUUCCACGAGGAGCCCCACCAGGAGACCCAGUUUGCCAGCUUGCCGCCCAAUCUCAACCAACCCAUCAAGCCAAGAAACAAUAGGAAUAAUAAUAACCCAAAUCCCAAUCAAACUCAGCUCAAGAGCGCCUUUAGCAGUGAUUUUGGAAGCAAGACCUUCUUGAUUGUGGACAAGAAUAGCAACCAGAGAUACCAGAUGGUGCCCACGGCUGAGGAUGAGGAGCUGGUGGAUGAGAAUCAGGAGAUUAUACAGAUGCACAAUGGUCGCGCACAUCGGUAUGCAGUGGUGCCCACGGAUGGGGAUGAUGAUGACUAUCCGGAGGAGCAGGAACAGCAGGAGACUUGCCUGAGUAACUCAGAGUUGAGUCAGCAGUUUGCUGCAAGGACCUCGACUCCCCAGCAAAGGAAUGCAGCAGCGGCAACGAGGGCACUCCACGAGCUACUGAUCACGCCCAGGAAAAUGCAGCCACCGCCAAGAUUGGCUCAUUCCACGCCCCGGAAUGCCGCCCACCAUGAGCAACUGCAGCUGGAGCGGCGUUUGGAGAUCUACAAGAGCCAGCAAAUCUACCAGAGUCAGCAGAUGGCAGGACCUCCGCCAAGUUUGCCUCUGCGACCGAACCGACUCUCUCCCCAGAGACUUCACUAUGAGACGGUAAAGCCACCGGCUAACCUGCAGAUGACCGAUCGCUCCAUGGCUGUCAUUAGUCCUCGAGUUCAGGAACAGGAGCGGGAACUAGAGCAGGACAUGAGCAGCAUCCAAGGGAAGCCAUCGAAGAAUAAUAAUACAUAUACCCAAAAGAUGGCCAAUGCCACCAUUACCUUGGCUGUAGUUUCCUUGAUGCUCGUCCUUGGCAGCACCAUGAAUGCAGGUCUCACCAUUUACAUGAUAGCUCACUUUGGCAAAGCCUUCUAUCUCCAGUUCGGUUUGGUGGCCUCUUUUUGUGGCAUAGGACUUGGUUUUCUGGGCUUCAAGUCGCGUCACUGCGAGUGGCUGCCCAAUAGAAGCUACAGCUCUGGCUAUAUCCUGGUGACCGUGUUCUGUCUCUUCAAAACCUGUGGCCUGCUGGUUAUACUCGUCUUGGAUCCUUUCCCAGGACUGCCCCUUCAUGAUGUCACCACCGGUGUUAUCCUGGGACUCUCCACCUUCACCAUGUUCUUCAUUGGCUUGGGCGUGCUGGGAACGCUGUGGUGCCACCGUCCUCCGCCAGAUAACCGUGUGAAUGUGGUUUAAUUUUAGGAAAUUUUGUUUA